GAUCUUUAUACUGCACGUGCCAUUAAAAAAGACUAAGUCUAUCCCUCACAGCCUUAUUUUCAUACAUGAUAAAUUCAAUAUCGUGUCUAACCUAAGUUCUGUAAGAUGAUGAAAAAGGGUGGAACUAUAUUUUUAGAAACGAAAUACUUAUUGUGAUGUUGUUCCUCUGUGUAAUGUGUUUGCAUUUUAUAGUAUUUUAAUGAUUUUUGUACAUUUCUCACAAGAAACUAUUUGUUUAAAAUGUUCUCGUUACUGUACAAACACCUCUUACUACUUAUAAAAUAAAUAAAACAUUCCCACUAUAAAAGUUUACCAUUUUUAAAUGGUCAAGCUAUUUGGUCAUUGUAGUGCAGCUGAUACUCUCCCAUUAUUAUUCAUUACACAAUCAUAUACACUUUUCCCAUGCACUGUUGUAAAAAACUAAAACAACACAGAAACUUUCUAUACUUUCUGUAGACAGAAAGUGUUCUCGUAACUUAAUAAAAUUAAAGUGGAACCACUGAUGUCACAUGGACUAUUUCAACUAUGUCCUACUGCACUUCUGGGCCUCGGAUGUGGUAGUUGCAUUAGGGUUAGAAAGUUCUCUGUUUUUAUCAGAAAUACCUUAAUUUGUGUUCUGAAAUGAAUGAAUGUCUUACACGUUUGGAACCACAUGAGGGUUAGUAAUUAAUUAAUCAGGUUUUUUGUUUUUGGGGUGAACUAUCCCUUCAUAAGAUCAUCAUUUACUCACCCUCAAGUCGUUCCAAUCCUGUGAAAAAAGAUAUUUUGAAGAAUGCUGAUAAUCAAACAAUUUUUUUGUCUAACAUGGUAGAGUAAAAAAACACUUUGGAGUGGAGACCAUCAAUUAUUAUGUGAGUUUCAACCACAGCAAAGAUAAGGCUUUUACAAAAAAAAGCUUCACAACAAGCAGAAUUAGAUUACUGUUAAAUAUUAAAAUGUAUUUCUCAAAAUAAUAUUAUUUUUAAUGAAUAUCAUUUAACCCAAAUAUUUUAAUACACAUGCUGUAAUCUCAAACACAGGCUAUUGUUGUGCUGCAUGAUUUCAUUUAAAAAAGAUAACAGGAUUUAUAAAACACAAAAUUUAUGGAAAGAUAAAAUGAAAAUUUAUCUUGAAAAAAUUGAUGGAAAUUUAUUUCUGGUCAUAUCACAUAGCUCUAAUGUUAAAUUUUAGCAUUAAAUGUGCUUAAAAUUAAUAAAAGGUUAAAAGAAAAAAAUAAAGAUUAAAAAUUGAAUAAUCAAAAGGUUUGUUUCAAAUGGCAUUUAUGGAAUAAAGCAGGUUUAUUUGUUUUUGAGUGCAAUGAAUUAAGAAGCUCUGCUAAGACAGACUAAAAAAAGGAAAAAUGUACUCAGCCACUUCUGAGGUCAGGAGCUUUUGUUGUGGCUUGCAGGAUUAGUUAUUUAAAGCCUCAGCCGGUGGAAAUUUCCCAUGGCGUUCCGCGCACGCUCAAUCAAAGCUUUAAUACGCAACCGAGGUAACGGAACAGAAGGGCAGACGGUCAGUACAGCAUCAGUAUCCGCCGGGAAUGCGACCAUCACUGCCACAACACGAUCUCUAUAGGGACCAGCACGAUCUCAUGGAGCCAGAGCCUCAAACGCAGCAGAUCCGACAGAUCACCGGAUAAGACACGCGGCGCCGCUUCGUUCCUCUACAGUGCCAUCUGUUGAGGUGCAGCCUGGCUUCUCUCCGACGGUCUCCUGGGGUUAUGACGGAGAAGAACGCGCUGCACGUCCCGUCUAUUUUUCCCAUAAAGCACGAGUAGUUUAUCGCCACCAGAUGGAUGGCAAUAUUAUCGACGCCACCUGCUGACCUUUGGGCUUCUUUCCCAGAAUCCCUCGCCUUGUACCUGGCUGUAGACGUCCAGUGUAGAGAGGAGCGUUGUAGGAGUCUAGGCCGCUCCGUCCUGUGUAAUUAAACUAAAUCUUUCGUAUUUAGUAAAGAUGUCACAGUGUUUCCUCCAUCCUCUCGCCAUACCUGGCAUUCACCUGUCUUGUACUUACUGUGUUGAAAUAUAAUAUAACGUUUCGAGGGAGACGGAGCGAUGCAGGCCACACGGAGUGGACAAACAGGGACUGAGCUGGAUUUUAUAGAUAUAAAUAUGAUAUGCAUCUUGUCAUGCAAAUCUGAUCCUGGAUGUAUGAUUGCCCGUUGUUUUUCAGAGGACAAAACACGACUGUUUUUUCAGAGGCUGAUGAAUGCAUUUCAGGCAAAAAAUACAUUUUGUACUAAUCAGUGGAAUUACAAUAUCAUUUAUAGUGUAAUAAAAUGUAUGUACAUUUAGUAGUUAUGAUGAUAUAUUUUGUUUCUGAUGUUUAUGUGCGGAUCUAUAUUGGGUUAGGAAAAACUGCAAGUUUUAAAAUGCUACCAAACUAAAUAGUCUGUUUUUAUAUUCUACUGAAGCCCACAGAAAUUACGAGAUUGUUGUUUACUUUGCAUAACAUAUUUUUUCUACAAAACUAUUUUUUUAAAUUAAGUCCGAAUUAUGGCCCAGGCAUGGUCUUUACAGUUCAAUUUUGGCGUCUGGGGAUAUUCAGUCAGCCAUAAAAUACUGAGUCUAUUUAAAAAAACAUUAAUAAAUACAAAAUGAUAAUAAUAUUAUUUUAA